AAUAUUUUUUUAUUCAGUAUAUUAGACUAUUUUAUUUUUUUCCUUUUUUCUACAUUUUUUAGCAUUAUAUAUUCUUUGUAUAUUGUUAAUAUAAAACUUGCUUCUCUGUGUAAAAUUUAUUACUACUAUUUUUAUUGCCGCUUUUUAUUAGUACUUAAUUUUUUUAUUAUAUUACAGGUUUAGCAGUUAUAGCAGGUUAUAGUAGUGUAGCAGUUACUGCUGAUGCCUCAUCUCUUGAUAUAUAUUGUUUUCUACUACAUUUCGUGCAUAAUCUCACAUCUCUUAUAUUUCAAUAAAAUUGUUAUUAUUUGUAUUAAAUGCAAUAGUAAGAAAGAAACUUUGGCAUGUAAUUGCCAAUAAAAUUAGCCAUAUAAAUUUAAUUCUUAUAUAGUAUCUUACAAUAUUAUGAUUAUUUAUUAUUUUUGGCAUAAAAUAUUGUUAACUUCUGGUUAAAUAUAAUGCACGCCAACUUUAGUUUAUCGGCGGUAUUAAUUGGUAAUAAAGAACAGAUACCAUAAUCCUUAAUUCCAUAAAGAAACAGAAAAUUGCCCACACAAUUUAGAAUUGCGUAAAAUUCCAAUCAUUCUAAACUUAAAUUCUAAACUUUCAGUAAUUGAACGGACAUGUCAGAACAACGAAGCGUCACGCCAACUAGGGGGGUAAAGUCGGGCGUCGGCGUCGGCGCCGACGCCGAGCGUCGGACGGGCAUGAGCGUCCGUGCCGGCACGACGCUCAUGAAAAGCGUCUCUAUAUUCCUGACAAGCGGUCGUAAGGCGUCGGCGAAUUCGAAGCGGCAGAUCUCCGUCGUUUCUGGUAAGGACGAGUCGUCGAGAAGGAGACAUCGCCGAAAGAUGCCGGAAGGCGGGGGCACCAGGAACUCCGCGUACAUCGUCAAAGUGAUAGAGUCACUUAAAAAAAAGACAAAGUUCUCCAGGGUGGAGCUGGACAGUCUUUGUAAACUUUACAAAAAAUUAACUACCAAUUUUAAUCAACAACAAGUUGGACGACCGACAUCUGUCGGCAGGAAGCCGCAAUCGAGGUUAAUUGUUGAGGGAAUCGAUAGAAGUAUUUUUCGAGAACUCCUCCACAGCACGUUUCACGUGAUUACGGAGGACGUUCUGAUAGAACGCUUGUUCUGCUGUUGGGAUCGCGAGAUCGAGAGUGCUAUCAGACUUGAGCCAUGGAUCAUGGGACUCGACGUGUUCCUGCGGGGCAAUCUGCGUGACAAGAUCGUGUUUUGCUUUCACGUGUACGAUUUGAACAAUGACGGAUACAUCACGAAGGACGAAAUCUUUCAGUUGCUCAAAAAUUGCCUGAUAAAACAGCCUGGCGAGGAAGAUCCGGACGAAGGAGUGAAAGAUUUGUCGGAGUUGGCUUUGAAGAAGCUGGACGUCGAUCACGAUGGAAAAAUAUCGUUUCGAGACUACGAGACAGCUGUCAAAGAGGAGCCGCUAUUGUUAGAAGCGUUCGGACAGUGUUUGCCUACUGAAGAAAGCUGUGCGAGCUUCUUGGCUACUCUUCAACCCUGAAAAUACGCACAAAAUGUUAGAUACAACGAUUGAUAUUUGACGACUUGACAAAGUUAUAGACAAAAAUGCGUUUUCAUAUUUUUGAUGAGAGCGGUUGCAAGAUGUUGACAAACUCAAAGUGGCAGGUUUCCCUCAUUUUUGAUAAGAACAGAUCAUUAAAAGAAAAUAUUGCAGAAAAAUACUAAAAAGCCAAGAUGUCAGGAACUUUGCGUACAUCGUCAAAGAGAUCGAAUAUAUUUAAAAAAAAGACUCCGAGCGGUUUUGUAUGGAGUAGAAUAAAGAUAAAAUAGAAUCGGAACUUCGUUAUAAUUUAUAUCUUUCAAUUUCUGAUUUCACAGUCUUUUUUCUUUGAACACAAGUAUGCUUGUGAUAAAAAGACAUUAUUUGGAAAAAUUUUUUUCCAUAAGUAAAUUUUUCUUUAAAACAAUAUUUAGCGAAUUUAUAGCAUAUCACU